AGAAUCGUCCGAGACAAAUCACUUCGAACUCUGAACGUGCGAGCGCACAUGAGCGAGUAGACACGUGGUCAUGAAAGAGUCGCGAGUUUUUUGACGUUUUUGUCCAAGCAGUAAAAUUCAAAGCAGUGCGUGAUUUUUAAACGAGCUCAAGCGUUUCUUUAUUUGAUUUAUUUUUUCAAAGAAAAUCGAACGCAAAAUUCACCUUUGUGAGACAAAAGUGGUGUUUCGAAAAAAUUACGUCAAGUGAAAUUAAGUGCAUUUUAUUGCUGCGAACAUUUGAAGUAUAUAAGUGAUUGCGAUGCAGAAAAGGUCGUUGAUUUUUUGCAUCAUGUGAAUCGAACAAAUUUCGUGAUUUAAAAGGUUCAAUUUAAGAAGAAAACGGUCAUUGGAAAACUGUUUGGACCAGAAGUUCUUUCGAGGUCGAAAUUAUUCUGACCUGGUCGCAGGAUUAGAUCAUGGGGAGAGUCUUGAUCGAAUUUCUGGUUUUCGUGGUGUGUUUGUUGGUGAGCUCAACACGGGGCAAUCGAGGUCAGCCUUGCGGAUCUUACGGAUGUCCUUAUCGACCUCGAUACGAACCCUUCGUUCCUGCACCACCAGGACAAACCCCGAGGUGCGCCAAACCUGGACAAACGUUUUGCGAAGUCCCGGAUCACUACCCACAGCAACUCAUCAAGUUUCUCGUCGACAAGUGCAGCUAUGAUUUCGCAAGUGUUCUGAGAGACGAGGCCCAUUUCGAUUUUGAUACGUACACAUCAAAGCCGGAAUAUGAUCAGGGUUACGAGUAUCCAAGGCAGCAAGUCCCUCAGUUUUAUCCCGAAGCUUUGCCUGUCAUGACACCAAGCUCGGUGCCACAAUAUCCAGCGGUGCACCAAGGACAACCGGCGAUCGUUUACGGACCUCCCUCAAACGAUACCGAUCGCGAGGGAUACAAUUACGAUCCGCCGGUACGUUCUCAGCGAAAUUCUUACGUACAAGAGACGACGACGUCGACGUUGCUCAAUUCACAGAAAAAUUUGCGCAACUUUCACAAUGCGAGAGCCUACGAAAAUCUUCAAAUUGACUCCCCGAAUCAGGAGCAACAAGAGCUGUGGUCGAACAGAUACUCGAGGGACUCGUCGAACGGAUCGUCUCGUCCUCGUCGGGAUAAUCCGUUUGUGGAGUUCACGAUAACAGAAAGAGCUCGAAAAAAGAGACAGGCCGGUAGUCCCGACGCGGUGCCACUCUGCCGAACUGACUCGCGAUACAUAUCACCACGGGCGGCGUUAAACAGCCAGGGCAAUUGGAUGUACGUCGUUAAUCUUUCGGAAACUCGGGAAAAGUACACGCAAUUGGUGCGGAGUGAGGCUUGCUCAACGACCGAAUGCAGUGGUCUGUGCUCACUUCCCGAUGGAUACAAAAGCAAUUGCAAGCAAAAGUACGUGCAGAGAAGGCUGGUGGCGCUCGAGGGAACCGGAGAUCGAUUGUACACCGAUGUAUUUUGGUUUCCUCACGGUUGCGCGUGCGAAGUGUCUUCGAAUUUUUGAACGAGUUUAUCAGAAGUAUUCGAGGACCGUCGUAAUCGAAGGAAUUUAAUUUUCCAAGAGUUUCCUGUACUAUUGCAAUUGGGGACGAAUGAUGCUUGAAUUUUUCUUGAAAUAACAUUCCAAAGAAUUCAUCAUUAUCCGUGAUAAUGCAAAAGUCAUUGGAAAAUUUCAUUUUCAUCGUUUUUCCCUAUUUUUGCGUAAGUUAUUUUUUCAUUUUCGUGAUAGUAGCGGUGAGCUUCGAGCAUUUAUAGAGAUUACGAAUAUACUUUUUAUGUAUACGCACUCUUGAAGGAGAUAAUUAUUGAUUGAGGGAAAAGUCGAUCGUAGAGAAUCGGAAAAAGGGAUUUUCGUUCCCUGCCCAAAAACUCGUCGGAUUCGAAAUUUUGAGAAGUUCCUUUCAAUCAUGUUCCCAUAACAGAGAAAAAAAUCCUAUUUCUGCGUGUGUGUGUAUAGAUAAAUUUAUAGAAAAAUAUGACGUUUGUGAUUGGUUGUCAA